UGACGAACUGAGAGUUGCCGUCUUUAAGUGUGGAAGAGAAACUCUGAGCAAUAGCGUUUCCCUCUGAGUUGAAGCGUUGCCUCAAUUUUAUUGCUGCAGCCGGAUAUCCAGCGCGUCCGGACCUGCAGACGUGCGAUAAUCAACGGUGUCUCCCGACGUGUGGAGAGAGGGCGGUCUGUGCACAGCGUCAUAUGAAGAGCUUAACUAUAAAUUUAAGAACGCCACUUACAGCCUUACAAAUUGGUUGCUUUAUUCGUGCACAUGGCUCAAACUGAGAUGUUGGAGUUUGGCGUGGAGCAGGGACAGACGCUGCAAGUCUUUAUGCGGCACUGCCAGACCAUGAAGCGUCAGGAGACACGACUGCGCCUGGCCACUGCGGUGCUGCUUGCAACGUUCUUCGCGACUUUAGUGUGGCUUCAGUAUCCCCGUCAAAAUAAUACGGAGGCAUUUUCAAUUGCCCAUCAAAAGGACUUGAAAACGGAAGAAUCACCACUAGGACACUCUGUUCAUCUUGAACCUGUAAGACACACUGAUGCUUGUUCCGAACAACAUCCCAUUGAGUGGGUGGAUGUGAGUGAUGGCUAUGACUCGCAGAAUUUCAAGCUGGAAAACCAAACAGUCCUGUACAUCUUCACAAAGGGCCUCUACUUGAUCAAUCUGAGGAUCUCUUACCGUAUAGCCCAUGGUCAGUGUAAGCCUAGUACAGAGCAUUUGUCUUUAGUGGUCAUUGUCACACAGCAACAUAGAAACUAUGAAAUAGAGAGAGAGAUUAUAAGUGCUAAAGAGUCUAUGAUUUGUAGAGAUUAUUGGCUGCAGUCAAUCACGUUGAAUCGAGCAAUCAUGUUAGAAGCUGGCACUAGUCUGAGGGUGAGAAUUAACAAGGAAAGUUGUAAGUUUGUCAGCUGGGUUAAAAACAGUCAUUUGGAUGUCUCAUCUCUAGUGUUGGCUGCUUUUUAACAUUAAUUUUACUACCUGGCAUUACUGCACAUUUGAGAUUUUUUUGAAACCGCAUUAAGCAGGUGUUUAAUUGAUUAAUGACUUAUUAUUUGUGUGCUUAAUGAUACGCAAAUGUUUAGCCACUUUAAUUGGUUUAUAUUUUCAUGUUUAAUGAGAGGUUAACUCUAAUUUAUUAUGCUAAAAUUUUUAUUAAAUAACAUGACUACACAUGUACUAUCCACAAAAGAAGCAGAUUUUAAAUAUAGUUAAUAAUUAAGUGUUCUUCCGACAGUCAACAGCAAAAUGUUGGUAGCAUGUGAAAUCAUGUGUUUUAUGUUAAAACUUUAUUAAUAUGCAUUUACGAACGGAUUCAUUAAGAGUUGCUCAUCAUUUGAUUUUUAAAAAAAAUCAGUGGGAACUAAGCUGGAACCCUUCCUGUUUUACGCUAAGCUAAACUAAAUGUCUGCAUUUCAGAAUGUAACAUGUUUUUGUGGUUCACUCAUAAAUCUGCAAUUCAAAAAUGUAUUUACAAAUAUUUGUGUCAAAGCUUCGAUUUAUAAAGUCACUGUCAUACACAAUGAUUUAAAGUUAUAC